AUGACAAGCAACCGACUUUCAUCGGCCUCAUACGCGUAUUAUUCAUUUCCCCCAACCCCCAGUCGUGGAAGCCCUUCUUCCAAGAAAUCUAGUCCAGAAACAAUCCGAAGUUACAAGAGCACCAUGCCGUCUCCAGCAGCAGGCAGAUCGGCCAAUGCGCCGGAAACGCCGACAAAGACUGGCAAGAGCCCUCAAUCAUCAUCUACUUCCAAGCUUACAGGUCAAGAAUCCCGCAAGCCCAAUACCCCUUCCAGUGGUCGGAGACCACCCAAGCUAGGUGCCUCGAAAGCCACACCGAAAAAGUCGACCGACUCACCUAAUCCUCCAAAACCUAAGGAGGGUGACGACGUCAAGAGGAAGUCUGAAGAGGCCGAGGAAGAUACUCCCCAGCAGAUCAGCAUGAAAGACACCGAGGAGCCUGGUGGUAAGGUUAGCCAGCCGGGCCAUGACACCGGAGCUGAGAGUACAUCGGUGGCCGAUACCAGCGAACUUUCCGAAGCGAACCCUGAACCCGUCCCUGAUAGCGACGAAGACGAAACAGAGGAUGGCGGAAGAGGCGCUGCCAAGGAUGAAGGCACCGAUGAGGGCGAGGAAACGGAGGAGCCAGCUCAAGGUGCUGACGACGACGCCGCAGAGGAGGCGGAGGAUGAAGCGGAGGGGAAGGGCUCUGGGGCCCUGGGCGGUGCCAAAUCAGCGGCAGGCGGAGCCAACGGUGCCGGGAAGAAGGUUGCCGGCCGAGUGGGCGGUGCCAAAGACUCUGCCAAUGGCGCCGCACAGAAGGUCUCCCAAGGCGAUGUAGAUGAUGCCGCCGAGGACACGGCAGGAGAUGCCAAAGACACGGCGGAAGGUGCCGCAGAUGAUGCCAAAGAGGAAGCUGAUGACGCCGCUGGUGAUGCAAAAGAUACCACCGACGAUACUGCCGGACAUGUCAAGGACAAAGCCGAAGACACCGCCGAGGAUGCCAAAGACAAAGUUCAAGAUACUGCCGAGGAUGUCCAGGAUACUGCCGAAGAUGCGGCAAAAGGAGUCAAAGACAAGGCAGAUGAGACUGCGGAAGAUGCCAAAGAUGCCGCUGAGGACGCCGGCGAGGAUGUCAAGGACAAGGCCGAAGAAGGCACCGAAGCCGCCAAAGAGACAGCCGAAGACGCAACCGAGGAUGUUCCAAAAGACGCCGACGAGACACCCGAUGUUGGCGAAGCGGCAGAGGGUGCUAAAGACAAGGCAGAGGAUGCGGCCGAUGAAGCCAAAGAUACCGCUGAAGAGGCCGCGGAGGAUGUCCCUGUUGAUCUUUCAGUCUUGAAAGGUUUAAAGGUCAAUGAGGAUGGCGAGAUCCUCGACAAGGAAGGCCAACCCAUUGGAAAGCUUUUUGAAGGUGAUCCAGCAGACCUCGAAGGUUACGAGGUUGCGGAUGAUGGCGAAAUCCUCGACGAAGAUGGAGAUGUCGUCGGCCGUGCAACCGUUCUUCCUGACAAAGCAAAGGAGCUUGCUGGCGAAGCCGGAGACAAAGCUGAAGAGACAGCGGAAGGUGCAGAAGAAGAGGUCGACGGCGCCAAAGAAGCUGCAGAGGAAGAAGUCGAGACAUACCUCCCUGACAUCAAGGUCCUCGAAGGUCUCGAAGUACAAGAGAAUGGCGACAUCUUGGACAAAGACGGAAAGGUUCUUGGUCGCAUCACUGAAGGAGACCCGAAAGAUCUCGUCGGCAUGACACUGAAUGCCGAAGGUGAAAUUCUUGAUGAGGAUGGCGAUGCUGUCGGACGUGCAGAGACACUACCUCAGCCAGUCGAAAAGGCUGCUGAAGAGGCCGAAGGGCAACUCCCCGGUGUUGAUGUCCUUGAAGGCCUUGAGGUGCAAGAAGAUGGCGCCAUCAAGGACAAGGACGGCAAGACAUUGGGAAAGAUCACCGAAGGCGACCCAGCCGACCUUGCUGGCCGUACCCUUAACGCUGAAGGAGAGGUUCUCGAUGAGGAUGGCGACGUGAUUGGCCGUGCAGAGGUUGUCCCCGAGGCGAAGGAGGCUCUUGAGGGCGCCGAAGGCGGCAAACCCGAAUUUGUCCAGGAAGCUUUGGACAAGGUCGAGGACCUCCAAGAUCAACUGAAGCCCAACCUCACCAUAGUCGAGGGCCGAAAACUGAACAGAAAGGGCAACAUCAUCGAUGACGAAGGAGAAGUGUUAGCCAAGCUGGUCGAAGGCGAUCCCAAAGCCUGCGCUGGCAAGGUGCCGAACGAAAAUGGUGAAAUCCUUGACAAUGAUGGCAACGUCAUCGGCCGCGUCGAGGUGGUCGAGGGCGAAGCUGCCGACGAAGCCAUGAAAGAGCUUCAUCCUGAACUCGUUGAUCAACUUGAAGAGGCCCAGAAAGCUGCCGAAGAGGCUGAAAAGAAGGCAGAGGAGAAGGCCGACGAUGCCGGCGACUCUGCUGACGUUGCUGAGGAGGCCAAGGAUGCAGCCGAAGGCGCUGCCGAUGAGGCCAAGGACGCGGCAGACAAUGCUGGAGCCCCUGACUUCUCACAACUAGAAGGCCUCAAGGUCAACAAACGAGGUGAAGUUGUCAACGAGGAUGGCGACCCGAUUGCCAAGCUUGCUGAUGGCUACGAUGUGGAAACCGUUCGUGGCAAGAAGAUCAACGACAAAGGAGAGAUCUUGGACAAGGAUGGCAAUGUCAUCGGCAAGGUGGAAUUCCUCCCUGAGGCAAUUGAAGAAGGUCUUGUCGAGGUACAAGAGCAGGCUCCUGAAGGUCCAGACACUUCCAUCCUCGAAGGCCUCAAAGUCAACAAAAAGGGCCAAGUUCUCAACGAAGACGGCGAUCCGAUCGCCGAGCUCGAAGAGGGCGACCUUGCUGCCGUUGCUGGCAAGAAGCUGAAUGACAAGGGCGAAGUCCUGGACAAAGAUGGAAAUGUAAUUGGCAAGGUCAAGUUGAUUACUCAAGACGGUGAAGAAGAACAAGAAGGCGAGGAAGCCGCCGAAGAGGGUGACGAGGGUUUGCCCCCGCUCUCCAUCCUCGAAGGACUCAAAGUCAACAAGGCUGGCAAGAUCGUCGAUAACAACGGCAACAUUGUCGGUGAACUCGUCGAAGGUGAUGCCAAGAAGAUCUGGAAAGCAGGUCUUACCGCCGAUGACCAGGGACAAUUCUGGGACAACAAGGGCCAUGUCAUCGGCAAGGCAAAGACGCUGCCUCAAGAGGAGAACGAAGGCGAAGCUGAAUUUGCCGGACUUGAAGGCCUCACUGUCGUCGCUGAUGGCUGGAUUGAAGACGAAAACGGCAACCGUGUCGGCCGCAUCGUCGAAGGCGAUCCAAAGAAGCUUGUCGGUCGUGCUGUGGAUGAGGAUGGCGACAUUAUCGACAAGAAAGGCAACGUUGUUGGCCACGCUGAGAGGUACGAAGAGCCUGAAGCUGAGCCUGAGCCCGAACCUGAAGCUGUGGAUCUGUCUGAGCUGAAAGGGCUCAAAGUCAACAAACAAGGCAAUGUCAUCGGGCCGGAGGGCGUACCUAUCGGCCGACUUGUCGAAGGCAAUGCCAAAGAGCUCGCUGGCCGUCCUAUCGAUGAGAAUGGCCAGAUCUGGAAUGACCAAGGCAAAGUCGUUGGCCGCUGCGAACUUAUCCCUCCCGAAGAGCGGGAAGCCAAGCCUGAAGGUCCGUUCGCCGGUCUCGAAGGUGUCGUGGUGGUCAAGGACGGUCUUGUCGAAGAUCAUGAAGGCAAUGUUGUCGGCAAGGUCGUUGAAGGAGACUGGAAGAAACUCCUUGGUCGUGCUGUCGACGAAGACGGUGAUAUCAUCGACAAGUACGGCAAUGUGAAAGGUCAUGCCGAGCCUUAUGAGAUCCCAGAAGAGGAAGUUGUCGAGGAGGAUCUCUCCAGCCUGGCAGGAAAGACAGUCAACAAAGCCGGCAAGAUUGUCGACGAGCACGGCACCAUUUUCGGCGAAGUGGCCGAGGGCGAUGUCAAGAAUUUGAUUGGCUGCAAAGUCGACGGCAAGGGUCAAAUCUGGAGCAACGACGGCAAAGUCAUUGGCAAAGGUCGACUUCUCGAAGGCGGUGGCGGCGCCAAGGCAGAGGGGCCGUUUUCCAACUUUGAAUCGACCAUCGUUUCCAAGGACGGACUGGUCAAAGAUGCCAAUGGUGAGAUCGUCGGAAGAGUCAUUGAAGGUGAUCCGAAGAAAUUGGUCGGACGCCACGUCGACGACGACGGCGAUAUCAUCGACAAGAAUGGCAAUGUCAUUGGCAAAGCCGAGCGCUGGGAGCCCGAGGAGAAAGAACGUGAAGUAUCUCCAAUGGCCGGCCUGCGCGUCAACAAAGAGGGUGAAGUGCGUGAUCGCAACGGCGACGUCAUCGGCAAGUUGACCGAGGGCAAUCUGCUCGCUUGUGUUGGCAAAGAAAUCAACGAUAAUGGUUAUGUGGUCGACCAAGACGGCAACAAGCUUGGCGAAUGUACAUUGCUCGAAAACAUUCCUGAAGAAGAAGUCGACGAAGGUCCGACCCCUGAACAGCUCAAGGAUGAGGAGGAACGCGAGAUUGCAAAGAAGAUUGCCAACAUUAUCAAUCAGACGAUUGAGAGAAUGGAGCCGAUCUGCAAGCAGAUUACAGAGCAUAUCGAAAAAGCCGACCGAACCCCCCGCGAAGAAUUGGACGAAGAAGCUCUCGUCAAUGCCGUCAAACCACUCAUCGAAGAAGGCAGCCGCAUCCUCGGUGAAUGCAACGGCGCCAUUCGCGGUCUAGACCCAGAUGGCCAUAUCGCCGCACAGGCGAAAGCUCGAGCCGCAUCUGGCGAAGCCAGUCCUGAGGAACAUCGUGUCGCUGAAGGUCUCAAGGAACUCACUAGCCAGGUCGUCAAGACCAUCGACAACGCCAAGAAACGUAUCGCCGACAUGCCGCAUGCGAAGAAGAAGUUGAACCCGCUUUGGGCACUGUUGACGGAACCGUUGUUCCAGAUCAUUGCUGCAGUGGGGCUGUUGUUGUCCGGUGUCUUGGGUCUUGUGGGCAAACUGCUCAAUGGUCUGGGACUGGGCGGUCUCGUCAAUGGGCUCCUCGGUGGCCUUGGUGUGGGUAAGUUGUUGGAUGGGAUGGGCUUGGGCAGUAUUGCGGAGAGUUUGGGAUUGGGAGGUGGUAAGAAGAAGUAA